GAAUCCAAUUGCAGUAAGGCUGAAAAUACCUUUUGAUAAGUAAAAACAAUUUAUUUAUUCCAAAUUUGUUAUUAGUUAUUUACUAAUUAUUCGGAAGAGAAAAAAUAACAGCAAUAUAAUCACUACAUUUGUGAGGUCAAAUGUAGGUCACAUGGGUAUUUUCUGAAAAUCUUGGUGUCACGUGAUUAAAUUUGAACACAACUAUGACCUAGAUAAGGAAUGCUUGUAAUAGGAUUUAUUAAAAUGCUAUAUCAACUAUCUUUAAAGCGUUUUUUUGGUUUUGAAAAUGUGUUUGUGAACUACAUUUUACUUCAUUUACCUGAGGAUACAGUUAUUUUGUCUGUACAAUGCAUACAAGUGAAAUAACAGCGUGACAUAAAAAUGUCACGAAUUCUGGUAGGGUUUGGAUACGGCGUUCUCUUCAGCGAACACAUCCAAAAAGGUGCCCUCGCCGACCGCCAUUCGUUCAGGACGUGUCGACGGGUUACUAAACAGACUUCUGUGGGUGCAAGAGGGACCGGAUCAUUCACCUCCACAUUCCUGAGACCACCCCUGGCCAACCCAUCAACCACUUCAUUCCGCUUCCAGCCGACGUUGGCUGGGACCCAUACCAUGGCAAUUCCCACGAUGUCUACAAUGCCAUACAGUGUAGACUGAGAUUAAAGUCACUAGCUCGUUGACGUGUGUCCCUGAACGGAAAUGGCUUCAUACAAAGAUAUCCUUAAGGAACCUGAGAACCAGAACUGGCUCAAAGGUUCCCUCGCCCUCCGGAUCACCAAGGCCGGUCUGCGAGGCCUUGUUGAAGGGGACUCCUCUCGCGUCCAGCAAACAAUUUACUCGACAGUCAUCGUGGCCAAGAAACUCACUGCUGGAACAACAUGCAGUCUUUGUCAGACAGAGAAUAUCUUAAAGUGUCCUACAAAGGGACUGUGCUCUCAUCCUCGAAACUGCAAGUACCACAACUCUCCAUCGAAGAUGUACCGGCCUUGCCCCUCUCAUAUAUGCGAAGACUUUCGAGAUGAAAUAAUUGAUGUCCACAGAUACAAUGGACCCUCUUGGAAGAAUUCUAAGGCCAACAAAUGGUGUACGAAUCAUUGGCAAGUAGCCAAAUGUUUUAUGCCACCUGACGGUUAUCUCGACGUUACUUCGUACGAAGAUACAGACUUCAAUGGUAUCAUAAGCGUUAUGAUAAACUGUACCGAGUUCCAACAGAGUAUGUCGUUCAUGAUUGCCAACAAACAGAACGCAUUAACUAAGGCUCGUGAGAUAGGCCGCAAGAUUCGCCAUUCCCCGGAUCUCAAGGUGACUGACACAGACCUAGCCGGAUACUUCGCCACUUUGUACACCCUUCUGACAGACUCUAAAGUUCUGGCCAGUGACAAAGAUGCCCAGGAAGCUGUCAAUAAAUUGAAACAGCUCGAAAAAGACGCACUUCCAAUAUCGACCGAAGAUCUUCGGGAACUACGAGAAGAAGCUAGAGUAAUUCUAGAGGCUGGUAAGCGUAAGUUAGAGGAGACUGCGGAAACAGGGAAGCAAGAGUUAAAAGACGAGGUGGCUGAGGGUAAAACUACCUUAGAAACUGGCCAACGUGAGGUAGCGGAGACUGUGGAAACAGGGAAGCAAGAGUUAAAAGACGUGGUGGCUGACGGUAAAACUACCUUAGAAUCUGGCAAACGUGAGGUAGCGGAGACUGCGGAAACAGGAAAACAAGAGUUAAAAGACGUGGUGGCUGACGGUAAAACUACCUUAGAAACUGGCAAACGUGAGGUAGCGGAGACUGCGGAAACAGGGAAGCAAGAGUUAAAAGACGUGGUGGCUGACGGUAAAACUACCUUAGAAACUGGCAAACGUGAGGUAGCGGAGACUGCGGAAACAGGGAUUUGUCAAUUAGAAGAAGUUAUUCAAGUCGGUAAACGAGAGUUGGGAGAGGCCUUGCAGCAGACAAAAGAUGCAAAAGAAGUUGAGCAAGGAAAAGAUCUACGUCAUCGCCUGGUCAAAUAUUAUCAGAAGCAGCUCAGCAGCGCGCCCAUAUCGCCAUUGCUGUCGGACAAGGACGAGAAGCUAGAACGGUUUUACGUCCCUCCAAUGAUCUUGGAGAAACACCACAGAAGACUUCGUGACGAUCAACAACAAAAUGAUUCUCCUAUUUCCUCUUAUAGACAAAUUUUCUGUAAAGAUGAGGGGGUUACCAAUACUGUUAUACUUGACGGCGAGGCCGGAAGUGGAAAGUCAUCAUUUUCAGCUAUGUGUACCAUUAAGUGGGCUUCACUGUUUUCUGUAUCGAAUAAAGACAGUGGGGGAAAAGGUUUAGAUCAGGGUGUAGAAGAGGAUAAGAGUUUUGAACGGCUACUAACAAAUGCGAACAAUUUAAGGUACACAAGUGGUACACACGAAUAUCUAAGUGAAGUACUUUCAUUGUCUGUAUUUCAGAGGUGGAGCUUGCAGAGAUUAUUGUCACACACCAACUGUGAUCUUCAAGAUGAGGACUUUUUUAAAAACAUUGAGUUUAUGUUCCAUCUUAAACUGAGAAAUAGCUGUGAAUCUUGCGAACUGUCAGACAUGAUUCGUGAUCAGCUGAUCAACAUAAUUUACAAGCCAGACGAAAGGGCAGCUGGUUACUCUACUAUGCUUCGUGUUUUGUCAGAACGAAAGUGCGUGAUCAUAGCUGAUGGGCUGGACGAGUGGUCGCAUCCAAUUGAAACAAAGUGUUCAUGCUCAGAGGUAGAAGACAAAGCUAUCCCACAUUUAUCACCAACAUUAGAUGCAACUGUACUGAUUACAUCGAGACCCUGGCGAAUGUCCCAAAAUCGCAUUAAAGACACCAAAAUAGACAAAUACUUACAACUACAGGGAGUAGCUAAUGUAAAGCUAUUGGUUCAGAAAGCUCUGAUUUGCCUCAAUGAGAGAGUAACUGAAAAGAUGAAAUAUCCGGGUUUCUUUCUCUUUGUCUCCAGAAAGGAAUUAGAGCAUCUACUCUCUGUACCUAUCGUUAUAUUGUUGCUAGUUUGUCUGUGGUUUGAAGGAGAAAAUGAAUCAUUUUCUAUGUGUGACAUAUACGCAUACAUGAUUGACAUGAUGUUAAGGAGAAAAGCGCUUCCUAUGCUUCGUGUUUUGCUCGAAAGCACACCUUUGCUACGAUGCUUCCAGCAAACAAAACAUGUACAAAAGUACCACAGCAUCGUCUUAAAGCUUGCAGAACUUGCCUUUAAGAAAUUAUUUUCGAGUGACCGAAAAUCAUCCCUGGUGUUUCAAAAUGUUGAUUGUUUGACGCCAGAGGAGCUCCUGUUUGUUCUGAAAUCGGGUUUAAUUCGGGAAACAAAGUCUCAAUCUUUGAUUAGAAUAUCAUCAAGUUUCUCAUUCAUCCACAAAACUGUACAGGAAUUUCUUGCUGCAGUUCACAUUGCUAACCAUGCUGGAGAAAUUCAAAGAGUAAUUGGACCAUAUUGUGAGGAGUUCUUAUAUUCAAGUUACAAAUCUAUGACUGGGUCUGAUGUACCGCCAGUUUUUAUAUACGUGUGCGGUCUUAACCCUAAAGUUGCAAAAGAUAUGUCUACAGUGAUGUCACUUUCUAUGUUGGAUCACCCUGACUGGAAUGAUGAGCCGGAUGCGGACAAAGAUGCAAAUUUCUCAUUACAGCCAGUAAUUUAUUAUGGUUUUAGAGAGGCCAAAGCCAACAAUGUACAAAAUAUUCAACUGACUCUACUGGCCUUUGACUUCCGUAGACCUGGACUAUCGGGUUUAAUAUUUAGUUCUUCAUUAAGUGAUGUUGCAGCCAUGAAGACCUUGCUAUUGAUGAACAAGUCUGAGGUACGAUGUAUAAGGAUCAGGGGACCAAAUAAUAUUAGCAAUGAGGAGCUCCAGGAGGUGUUCACCUGCUCAGCCGACACUCUUACCACCGUUCUAUUACUCUUCAUUGCUGGACAGUAUGACCUUUCUGCUUGUAGUCAUCUAAAACAUUUGACAAUCACGGGGCGUCAUACAUCGAAUAUCAUGAUAAAUACGAAUAGUUUAGUUUCAUUGAGAUUGUCAAUGGUUUCGAUAAAGGUUGAAAGUAGAAUUUUACAGUCAUUGGAACAAAGAUGUGAGACAUUGAUGAAGUUCGAGAUAGGCUCUGUUUCUAACAUUAAGCUAUUUUGUCGGACACUUCCCAAGCUGAAUCAUUUACAAGAUUUGACGAUCGAGUAUUCAACCCUCGGUGAUUACCUUCUACUCCUUCCGCCCUCUGUCACCAGUGUCAUCUUAUUCGAGGUGACAAUGUCCGCGUGGUCUAUGAGGGAGCUGGUGGAGAACUGUUCUCACACGGUGACUUGCAGAAUUGAUAAUUGCGAAAUGGAUCCGAUCGAAGAUUUCUUGGACAUUAAGCGGUAUGCUCAAACGAGAAAUAAUAUUUGUGUGAUUGAAAAAAAAUAAACAUAGGAUUUUCUAUUUCAGAAAGAGAAGACCGAAAGCAAUAUUUGUUGAGAAGCAAUUUGUAAUUCAUUUAGUUUCGAUGUCAAAGAGUUGAAAUAUACUGCAUUCCAACACUAAAACAGGCAUAAUCUUGUUAAAAUAUGCUUUAAAGUACAAAAAGACGUUUCUUGUAAUUUUUGGGAAAGUGUGCGAAUUGUAUGCGGAUGUUACGUCAUUUCGAAAUAGACGUUGUUGAAAUUGCAAACCUGUUCACUCUGACGUUCAAUUUGGAACUUGGAAGCGGGCUGAAAUUCCAAAAACGAUGCCUAAUAAAUCAAGCUCAUAUUUUCACUUUUUGAAAGUGGAAUAUCAUUUCUGUUCACUCAUAUAUAUAUAUAUAUAUACAAACCAUCUUUACGGAUACAUGUUUGAUUCAGUCAGAUAACAAUUUAAUGUUAUCAAGUGCCACAGCCACUAUUAAAAAGUGAACUUUU